UUGCUACAAUUUUACGAAACUUGGUCGCAGCGAAAUGACACUAGAGACGCGACAUGAUUGUAUAGGGAAUUGCACUGGCAGAAGUUGAAAGAGGUUAUGCAGCGAGAGGGAGGGCGACAUUGUUGUUUGUUGACAUCCGGUAUGGCUACAAUGUAACAAAGCCUGUGGUCUACUCGCGGGAAACUACUAGGCUACAUGGGUAAAAUAACCAAUCCUGAUUGUGUGAAUUUAUGGAAACAUGUCCAAGAAAAGGGGCAGAAAACGUAGCAGCGGUGAGCUGAGUGAGAGUUCAGGUUCGUCUCUGUCGUCGACCCCAGACGCUAACAACCUGCUGGGCCUGCGGAUUGAGCACAAUUGGAGGGAGAAGGGCAACCUGACCAAGUGGAAAGGCACAGUGCUGGAGCGCCUCACCGUCAACACCUCCCUCUACAUGGUCAAAUACGACGGAUUCGACUGCGUCUAUGGCAUCGAGCUGUUCAAGGAUGAGCGAGUGUUCAACCUCCAGAUUUUAACAGAGAAAGUCGGUGGGUUGGCCUGCUAUUUGAUAAACAACAAGAUCAAGGUCCCCCAUGAUGCGCCAGAGCUGGUGGGGAAGGCUGUGGAGCACCUGUUUGAGAAGGAGGACGGUGAGAAGAAUGAGUGGCGGGGCAUGGUGCUCUCUCGCGCCCCCGUCAUGACCAACUGGUACUACAUCACCUAUGAGAAGGACCCUGUGCUCUACAUGUACCAGCUCUGGGACGACUAUAAGGACGGAGACCUCCGCAUCCUCCCUGAAGCAGAGAAUAAACACCUACUGCCUGCAGACAGGAAGCCAGGCGAGGAGACAGAGAGCCUUGUGGGUAAGCAGGUGGAGUACGUCACGGAUAAGGGCGUGAAAAGGACGGGGCUGGUUAUCUACCAGGUUCCAGCCAAACCCUCUGUCUACUACAUCAAAUACGACGAUGACUUCCACGUCCACGUCUACGACCUGGUCAAAACCACCUAGAAUACAACUCUACCCGGUCAAAGCCCCCUAGAAAGGACUAGGCCCCCCUGCCUCCGACCCUCACACCUGUACACUCAUCUUAGGUUGAGGCCUAUUUCAACUCAGUCAAUUCAGGAAGUGAGUUGAAGUUCAGUAUUCACCAAAGUCGAAAUAUUGGGAAACUUUUAAUUAAUUAUUGGAAUGUCAAUCCAUUUCCUGAAUUGACUGGAUUGAAUUGGAACUCUCUGCAACCAUGACACUACCCUGUCAUUAUUGUGGACAUAUUUCUUGCCCUGUGUCUUGUCCAACRUCAGAAGUUUGCYAAAAGUGUGAACUCUGUGACUCAUAGUGACUAGUGUUUUGUAAACAGUGCAAAGCUUGCAUGUAUUUCCUUUGCUUUUAAGAAACAAGUGAUUAAGCAGUUAUGUUUUAUUUUGUUUGGCUAAGAAGUACUAAUUAUAAAUCGCUCUGGAUAAGAGUGUCUGCUAAAUGACUAAAAUAUAAAUGUAAGGAAGUAGAUAUUAUCAAUGAAAAUGACCUAUGUUGAUGUUCAAAUGUGUUUCUAGAAUAAGUGCAAUAAAAAAAUGAUUUGAUAGAAAUUAUAAACAACUGCCAAGAUUUGACUGCACAUGUCUCAGAAUAGCCAAACACCAGCUGAGGUCAAAUUAUUAGACCUACUAGUUUCAUGAGUACAGAGAAGUCAUGUUUAUUUGAGCCAGACAUUUAAAUAUUAUUGGCUGUCACUGCAAGACAUUUUGGAUUAUAAUCUACCCUUAGUCAUGGUUGAAUAAUCAAAUAUUUCUGUCACGUUGUUAGAACGCCGUGAACGUAACUGUACUUACUUUUGUAAAUACCUGUAUUGUGAGUCAUUCUUGAAAAUACUGCAAAGAUGCUUUGGUAUGAUUUGCUGUUAAAUAAUGCACGAUUUAGAGAUUGCAGCAAUUGUUGGUUCAUUAUUGUUUGUUUCAUUAUGGUGGGUAACCACCCCAGUUGGUAAAGCAGCACAAUAUAUACAAAAAGACAGAAGGACAAAUGGUUUCUCCAUCAUUUAAUCCUCCCCCCUCCAACAUUUUAAAUAAACAUUUAAAAUCAAAUYAAAGUUUAUUAGUACAGAGAUUAGCGGAUGUUAAAGCAGGUGCCGUGACAAAA